AUUAUGAUCGAUUCCGACAUAAAAAUCUGCCCAAUGGCAACUCGUGUUACAAAAUGACGAUGUAAACUAAUAAUUGACAAACAUUGAUGUCUACCGCUGUGAAAAUAAAUGCAUGCAUUAAGAGCUAGUCCUGUCCAUUGCUAUGGAAGAAAAUGUUAAAAAACCUGUUGAAAAUGUUAAUGAACAAGAUGUACAACCAAAACAUGUCGGAAGCAAUUGGAAACCCAGAACUGGGCAAAUAGAAGAUAAAAGGGAAUCAAGCUCAACCUCCAGUUUCUUCAGUGGCAGUAAUUUUACUAUGUCCUGUAGCGGGGUUGACACUCAGGAGGAGAAUGAGCCGUCUACUAGUGGGUGCAGUUCUUUCCUGGCACAUACGGAAAAGGAGCGCAGUAAGGCUAAGAAGAAAGAGAGAGUGAAGGAAUAUUUGAAAGAACUCAAAUCUAUCGUUCAGGCCAAAGGCGAGGGUCGAGUAGGAACCUUGUCAACUUUGCAACAUGUUCUCUCUAGUAUGCGUAAAAUUAAAGAUGCUAAAGAAAAGAGCAGAACACAGAAGAAAGUUUUACCUGACCUGGGAGAGGAUCAGUAUAUGGGACCACCUGCCGAUCUGUCGCACACAGUUUAUGAAUCUGACUCUCACGAGAGUCUUACGUGCGAGUCUCUCAAGUCAAGUGAUGAGCUGCGUGUUAUUAUAUCUUCAAGUGAUCACAUUGUCAGGGCAGUGUCGGCCAACAUGAAAUACGUACUUGGCUAUCCUAAGGAAAGCUGGAUUGGAAGGUCAUUUGAUGAUUACGUUCAUAAGAAAGACCUCAUAACGUUUGUGAGCUUUCAUCGUACACCUGAUGAUGGCACUGAAGUUUCAGAUUCGGAAGUCACAGGGGAAUCAAAGAUCUUUUACUUCAGGCUCAGGAAGUUUAAGAGUCUUGGGUCAUCGGGCUUUAGUUUGCGUAAACAAGAUUAUUACACUCCGUUUCAAUGUACGUUCACGCGAAAGAAAAUGACCACGAGUGAAGUUGCAAGAAUGGGCACGUAUCCAAGUUGGUAUGAAUCGACAUCAACGUCAGUAAAUUCUGGUUCACCUGACGCGAUACAGAUGACGUCAGAGUCGUCAUCUGUCGGUUCUCAAGGGGAGAAGAAAUGUACUGAGGAGAAGAAGUUGUACACAAUCAUGUAUUGUGUUCCAUUAAUGUCUCCAUAUUCAGAGAGUGGUCUGUUACCAGAAGUAAAGACAUUUGAGACAAGACAGACAUUAUUUUGCAGUUUCUGCCAUAUUCAACCAAAUACAAUACCAUUACUUGGUUACCUUCCUCAAGAGAUGAUAGGAGUGUCCAUUUUCGAAUUCUUUCAUAAUGACGAUCUAUCUAGACUGUUUAACAUCUAUACUAAAGUAAUAGCUUUAAAAGGAGUGCCAUAUAAGAGUGGGCCAAUCAGAUUCCUGGCCAAGAAUGGCAGCUGGAUUUCCUGUGUGACAGAGUGGUCAAGCUUUGUAAACCCGUGGUCAAAACGACUGGAAUUUAUCAUUGGGAAACAUACUGUUGUUAAGGGACCAGACAACACAGAUGUUUUUAGUGAGAAUUUCCACCACACAAGUAGAAUAGAGGAAGACUCUGAAGCUAUCAGGCUUGCACGACAGAAGAUAAAAGACUUGCUGUUACAGCCUGUAGAGACAGUCUAUAUUGGUAAUAAUGGAGACAAAACAGCAGCAAAAAGUGGCGGGAAAUCUGUGGCAAUUGUUGAGGAGAAGGAAUCCACCGACACUGAGCAAGUUAUUCCCCAAAAUGAACACAAGACGAUAUACGCGAGUGAACGUGAAAAGUCAGCCAUGCAUGGCACUGGUGUACUGUUUAAGGAGAACUCAAUAAGUCGGGCCUAUGAUCAGCUGAAUUAUACCAAUUGUAUAAAAAAAUUUUUGCUGAGUCAACCUAGAAGUUUCUCAAGUGACUCGGACCCAAAGAAGAGUUCUUCAGAAGAUGGUUUUGACGAGGAAAUGAAUUCAAAUGGUAAAUCUAUUGAGAGUUGGUUAGCGACCAGUUUUGAUGACCUGAUCGGCACGAAAAGUUUACAUCGCACAUCAGAUGGAUCGCGAAGCCUGCCAGCUUUGAACGAUGAUUUUUGGAAAAAACGCAUAAUUCUAUCCGAUUCCGACUUUGACUUUGACAUCAGCGUUCCUAAACCCCCGAGUUUUGGGAGUAGUACAAAGGUGUUGGUGUCGGAACAGGAACAUAGGGACAAUGAAACACUCCUGGAUCCCAUGGUUCUCAGAGAUCAGCUUCAGUUACCGUCAACUUUCGUUGAUUCCACAACCCCCUUGUCUCCAGUCAUCACCGCCCAGAGCACUAGAGACACCCCUGUCACGACAGAUCGGCCUGAAAUAAUGACUCUAACAAGAGAAUCACUCUGGAAACAUACGAUUUUACAAGAACAGUUAUAUAUAGCUACAGCCAGUCCAGAUCGUAACAUAUUAUUUGUGAACGAGGGUCGAGAAAUGGAAUAUCCUGGCGGGAAACGACAGAGACAUAGUUUAAAACGUUCUCAUUCUCCCGAUCAUACUAGUAUUGAUCGAUGUAAGACUGGUCGCCAUUCAAUGGAGAGUCAACCAGUCUCAGUAACGCAGUCCAUAAUGAACCCAGUUUUUCCGCUGUUAACCUACAAGACUGUAUUUACGGGUCCAAGACCGAAUAAAUAUUCAACAAGCAGUGAUAGGAUGAUGGUCCCGAUGCAGAUGUAUCCGAUCGUCUCAAUACAAUCAGAUGACCACGUGAACGCUAGUCAUAUAGAUUCACAGAGCUCUCUACCGAGCAGUGCUUUCCCAUGCUCAUACGAUCAAAUAACUGGAAUGACGUUCAAGCCUCGUGUAAUGGUAGGAUUUCACCAGACAUCAACAGGUCAGUCUAGGAUGCCACUCGGUAUGCCAAUACCUGUGCAUCAGCUGAACAGCUAUGUGAUGCAGCAGGCCAACUCCAUGGUUCCUAAAUCUGUGUCUACAAGGCCUUCCAGACUAAAGCAAGAGAAGGCCAAGAGUCAGCUGCAGUCAAGCUCGGAAUCUUCGUCUACCGAAGAUACCAGUUCCACGUUCUAUCUGCUGGAAUCAUCAGAGAAUAAAAUGAAAUCAAAUCCAAUGUUACAGGCAUACAAUCAGCUAGUCAUGCAGUCUUUGGCCCAGCAGAUGAACCCGACGAAAGGAUUGGACCCGGCACCGUGGCUCCAGAAUCUGUGCUUCACAGACGGCUUGCAGAAUCGUUACCACAUGUACCGAGCAAAGCACAAGCGUCAGUUGAAAAAAGACCGCGAAGAUAUGGAAAAGAUUACGCAGCCCGAUUUGUUGAUGAGUCAGUUUGAAGAGUUAUUGUUAAAUACAGAACAUUCUCCCGGUUUUAUAAGAGAUCAGGAAUAUGACUGUUUGGCGUUUGAUGACGAGGUAUCUCAAAGUGUAAUGUGUUCGUGCGUCAGAGACACUUGCUGUAAAAACUUUCCAGAGGAUCAUGGGAUAUCGGACGCGCUGAAGCGGUUACGGAAACACAGUAAGAAAAAGGAAAAGCGCAUUAAGAAACCAUCACAGCAAAGUAUUCUUCAAAAUGCAGCCGUUCAAACAGAAGAAGACAUGUGUAAGAUGGAAGUAGACUCUGAUACAGGGGUGUCCGUCCAGCCCCAAAUCGAGGUGCAAGAAACGGACACUUUAGAAAACAUUAAUGAGUCAAAAAGCUGUAGUAGUAAGAGUGACUCUGGUGAGGCGGACAUUCGGUGCGAUAUGAGCUCAUCUUCUAUAAAUUCACUGAAUAGUAGUGACGUAACUCCUAGUGAUCAACGAAGUAAUAACGAAAAUGGUAGUUCUCUUAAAGAAUCUGACGGCGAUGCGAUGUCGAAAAAAUCUGACUCUAGUUCAAGUGAUAAACAAUUAUUAUCAUCGGAAUCGGAGUCGGAAUCCAAAAACAAAUGUUCAGAGGAUAUUUUUGAUAGGUUAUUUGCAUCUCUCGAUAUUUGUUUUCCACAUUUACAUAAAGACAAUGUGCCAUGGUUACUAGAUGUAGAAUUUAAUGAAGAAGUUGAGAUGAAUUAUACAAUUGAACCCAAAGAUAAAGAAUCUGUGCUAAGGAGUGAUUUAACUCAAUUGGAAUAUUUAGACGAACCAGAUAUGGUGCGAGCUCAGCUGAACGCACUUAUGGAGGAACUUGGUCAGGGUAAUUUAGAACUUGUUUCUAUUAUGUCAAACGGAGAGACGAAUAUGGACCAGUCGGAACCAGCCUUGGUUGAAAGUGUUGAUGGUAUGAAUGUGAAUAAUUAGGAAAUAUUUAUCCCCAUUCGAUUGAGUAAAUCUGGCAUAGUCUAAAACUCUCUAUGUUUUGAACAAAGUUGUCUCCAGAGGGGUUUUUUGCAUACUUUUGCUAUAUAUAUUUUUUCAUGAAUUUUGUACUUAGAUUUGAUAAUGCUUAUAAAAAAUUCUUUUAUUUGUGUUCAACAUGUGUGGAACAUGUGACAAUGCCUUACUUUUUUCAGUGGAUUAUUGUAUUUUUUAACAUUGUAUAAUACUGAUUUAUGUAGUUAAUUAUUAAAUAUUUUUAAGUCUUUCGCUGCGUAUAAGAUCUAUGUGAACACUUGUCCCACUAACAGUAUUAUCGAUUUGACAACUAAACCGAUAUACACAUUAUUGGAAUUUGAAAUAAUUUGAUUAACUUGUUUUCUUUUUAUGGUAUUUUAUUUAUUUUGCCUUUCAAGUUGGGGAAAAAAAUCAUUUUAGAUUAACUGUGUUCAUUUUCUUUCAUAUGAAAUUUUUUUAUACAUGAAGUGAAAAAAAACAACUUAAAAUAGUAAAUUUCUGUAAUUAAUAGAAAUGUCCAAAGCAAUGUCUUAUAUUAUACAAUUAAAACUCUAGCAGUGAAAUAGUUUGCUCAAUUCAAUUAAUAAUGAUAACAAAUGGUUGUGAAUCUGAUUUAUUAAAUUUUUAUCUAAUUUUCUUAAAGGGGAGUAACUCUAUAACUUAAUAAUUUAUUAAUAAAUUAACAAAUGCGUAAGUUUUCUUCCAUAGAAUACUUGUUAAAAUGGUGCUUAUGUAUUCAUAUUAUUAUAAUAACAGGUAUUUUGUAAAAGAAAUUGUUACUUCUCAUUGAAAACCAGGUUUUAAUGGCAUAAUGAUAGACAAACAAUGUGCUCAGUGACCUUUGAUCAUGCUGAAAAAUGUCGUAUUUUUCAUUUGUUAUAUUUUUCAUUUGUUUUCUAUCAAAGCAAGCACUUCACCAUUCAGUUAUAUAAUUUGAAAGAUUCCAGUACAUGUUUUCAGUAUUUUGUGUAUAUUUGCUAUUUGACUUUUAUUCUGCUGGAAGUGAAUGUGAUUAGUCUUUGAUAUUAUGAAAAUAAACUACCCAAGUUUAAAGCCCAGGUGCUAUGUUCAAAUAGAAUAGGAUUAAGGUCAAAAUUUAUAUUUCAAACUUUCCCACUGAUUGCAUUGAGCAAUAUACCCAAAGGCUGAAUAUUUAAUGAAUUAAUUAUGUUACAAAAGUGGUGAGUUUUAUAAAUACAUGUAUUCUAUAUAUUAAAUAAUUUCUUAUUAUGUGGUUUAAUUCUUAUUUUAAGUCUUACCAUGCUAAAUUAAGGGUAUACAGCUAUAUUCUAAUGACAUUUUUUUGCAAAAUGAAAAACGUUAUGUCAUUUCCAUAAUCUUAUGGUUGAUUAUUGAAGGAGUUAAAAUGGAGAAUUUUUCUGUGAUUUAACACACAUUUCUGUACAUUAACUUAAUAAAUUGUUCCGAAACAAAUAUUGUACUGCUAUUUUAAGUAGAAUUUUAAUUGUUUAGCGAUGAUUUUGCAUAUGACGUGCCAUUUGCUCAUAAGGAAAUAUAUCAAUAUAUUGCUUUCAUAUAUACAUUUAAGAUUUUUUUUUUUUAUAAUUUUAAACAAAAAUUUUGUAAACUGAAGAUAACUGAUACAUAGAAUUACGCAAUUUAAAUGGACUUGUCCAUCUUUCAGUUGAUCUUUCAAAAAAAUCAUUCAUCAUUUUUAGGGGAAAAGUUCAAAAUAUGUACAGACUGAAUAGUGAACAGUGCAGACCACAACUGAUGGCACAGAGAUGCUGGCUGAUCAUGGUCUGCACUGGUUGCACCGGUAAUUUGAGUCUUUCCAAGCAGACUGAAGAUUAAACUAAUAGCUAAUUCUAAUGUACUAAAAAUUGUAUUGGAAUUUCAAAAUUAUUAUAAUUAUAAAUGGCACGUUAUGUCUCAGAAACAAAUAACUUUUAUUUCUUUAGAAAGGGCAGGCACAAGUUUUGUAAUGCUUAUAACCUAAAGAAAGUAGUGCUGAACAUAACAUUAUUUGUCAUAAAAGUAUUAAAAUGUAAACAAAGAAGUAUUUUGACUUCCACACAAAAUACCAAAUCAGUAUAACUUUAUGAAUUGCUAAAAAGCAAUAGGAGCAAAGAUGGUGCAUGUAAUUGGCCAGUAAGUUAACCCCCAAAGGGCAGCAUAUGAAAAUCGCAACAUCUGUCUGUCUAUCCGUCCCAACUUACACAAUAUUCGUGUGUGGACUGUAGCUUUGUCAUGCAUUGAAGGAUGCACAAAUGUCUAUUACAUCAUGAUGAUGUGUCACGUCUUAUACCCAUGUCAUACCUUAAAGGUCAAGGUCAUACUUAAAGUUUGCGGGUUUUAAUUCUCACAAUUAGAGUUCACACAAUUGUGUCCAGACUAUGCAUAGAAGGAUUUUUAAAUAACCUAGCAUAUAUGUCUACCAAAUCAAUUAUGUGUCACUCCAGACUCAUGUUCCUACCUCCAAGGUCAAGGUCGCGCUUGUUUGAAGGUACAUGUACUUAUUCUCAAAAGAAGAAUUUGAAGUGACACAUUCAAAUAUGUAGUGUAACUUUGUUAUGCUUUGAAUGAUUUCAAAAUAACAUGGUACAAAUGUCUACCACACCAAGACGAUGUGUCAUGGUUAAGGCCCAUGUCACUUCCUAAAAGGUCAAGGUCACACUUAGAGAUUGGAGGUAGACAUUCAUGUCCGGACUGUAACUUUAUCAUGCAUUGAAGGAUUUUAAAAUAACAUGGCUUAAAUGUCUACCACAUCAAGACAUUUUGUUGUGCCCUAGGCCCAUGUCCCUAUCUCCAAGGUCAUGGUUACACAGUUUGAAGGUGCUCAUUUUCACAGGAAAUUGUCACACUAUUUAGUCACUUGUGAAAAAAAACAACAACAAAAAACAUGGAACAGGAAACAUGAAAUGCAGAAGAUAUCUUCAAGUUAACAACUACUUCACAGAUCAAACUGUUCUGUUCGGGCUUUGUACAGGAAAUUAUAGGCUCAUUGCUCUUAUUCAUGAAAACUUAAGGCUGUCCCCAACCUUGAAAUGCUUGCGUGAUUUGUUACACCAGAGAAAUAAGUUCAAAUUAUGUCCCCAGCAUGAUAGGUUAAAUUAUAUGUAUGGGCAGGCUAUAUACCGCCUUUUGAAAAUAAUUUUGUUAUGUGGUUUGCUAUGAACAAUAUUAAGCAACUUUUUUUCUCUUCUUUUCAUAAAACCUUUCUACAAUACUUAUGAAACCUUUUGGGGGGCAGUUGUCACUUUUGCCUGACAGCUCUUGUUGGAAACUAUAACGGGUCAAAAAUUAUUUUUUUUUUUAGCUUUUUAGAAAAAAGAUUAAAAGUAUAUCUGAGGCAUAAUGGGCCUUUAAUUCUUAUGUAACUAAACGGGUUUUUAACAAUAAUUAAAUGCACAAAUGAGCCGCAUCACAACAAAACCAACAUAAUGGGUUUGCGACCAGCAUGGAUCCAGACCAGCCUGCGCAUCCACACAUCUGAUCAGGAUCCAUCCUGUUCGCUAACCAACUCUAUAACAAGUGGAGAAACUGACAGCGAACAGCAUGGAUCCUGAUCAGACUGCGCGGAUGCGCAAGGCUAGUCUUGAUCCAUGCUGGUCGCAAACGCACAAUGUUGGUUUUGUCAUGACGCGGCUCAAAUGUCAUUUAACCUGGUAUUGGUAUUAUUAGUGUAUGAACCACAUGUAUAUGAUUUUUAUCUCGAUUUGUUCCUUUGGAAAUUGGAAUGUUCAUUUAAAGAAUUUAGAAUUUAGCAAUGCUUGUUAUAGCACUUUAUAAAAUAAUCUUUAACUAAUGGGGAUUUGGAUAUACUUCCAGAUUUUUUUUUUUUUAAGUUGUUGAUUUUAUGUAUUUGUUGGAUAUUUUAAAAUAUUGCAAUGUAAAAGGGAAAGUUUGGGGUGCUUUUUUACUAAAGAUAAAAAAUUUCAGUUAUUUUCCUACAGUAUUUAAAAAAGUUUGUCUGUUAAGUCAGAAAUCAGAAAAAAUGGUGGUAUAUUUAUAUAUUGUUGUGGCCAGUACCUUUCAUCAUAAGAAACAUAUCAGUAUUGUUAAACCUGUAAGAUGCUGAAAAACUUCAAAUUUUAUUAUCUUAUAAUUUUAUAUCCCCAAAGUGAUAAUGGACAGUUCUAUAAAUGGAAGGUGGACAAGUCUAUUUAAGAAAUUCAGCAGAUUAAGGGUUAAUUUUUAUGUAAUGUAAACAUGUAUAAUUUUAGAAUAGGGCGAGUCCACUAUUUAAAUUUAAUGUUAAAGGGACUCCACUGAGGUUUAUGACAUAAGAGAAUUAGAUUUUUUUUUUUCCAAGUAUUGUGUACCAUUUGAUGUAGGUUUCACCAAUAACUUGUGUGCAAGUGUAAGGAUCAUUUGCUCACCCAGUUUUUUCAGAAUCAUCUUUUAAUUGUGCAAAAUGAUGCACAAAUAUAAAUCAACACUUUUCAAUCAAGUCCUGCACAAAAUGUUGAUAUUGAAUUUAAUUCUAAGCAUAUUUCUUUUUAGAAUUUUCCAAAUUAAAUGCUUCACUUGAUCUAUUUAAAAAUUUCAAAUUUGUAUUUAUUUAGGCUUUUUUUGACCUCGGUCGAGUCCCUUUAAACAAUUUAAUAGUGAUUUUAAACGAGAAAGAUUUCAGGAGAGUUAUGUCAUAACUGAAUUAUGAUCUCAUCAAAAGUGACUCAUUAUUGAUGACAUUUUAAAAACUGGUGUGAUUAGUAUAGAAUCUGCAUUCCAUCUAUCUUGAUACACCAUGUAAAUAUUUAUAAAUAUGUUUUUAUCAUUUUUUUCAAGAUCAUCAUUUUAGUUCUGGUUAUUUAUUGUAAUUUUGCCAAGAUGUCAUGAACGUGGUUCUGUUGUACCAGAAUUAUUUAUUUUUUUGUAUUUUGUUGUUGCAAUUUGUUUAUAAUUAUAUUUCAUAUCACAUUGAACAAGGGGCUUUCAAAAAAAUACCCUAAAAUGUUUCAUUUGUGCAACCUUUGCAUAUGAAUAAAGUAUGUGAAUGAAAAAUAA